AUGGUGGGCAUCCUGGCCGCGUUGUUCAACGACCUAGAGGAGCGAUACUCAACCACUUACGGACAGGACCCUGUCGUGGACGAUGCCGUGCUGGGCUUCAUCCAGCGCAUCAAGGACAUCGGGCAGGGGAUGACGGUCUUCACGGUGUCGAGGCUGCAGACGCACUCGCUUAUUUCCAACACUGUGCAGCUGUGCCACCGUAUGGCGGGGGACCAGCACAGCCAAUUGGCGAAGGACUACCCUUCCGUGGAGCAAGUGGAGUACGACACCUACGACCAAAGUACCGAUGACGGGGGAAGGGUGUUGGAAGAUGAUGACAGCGAUGACGACGACGAUGACGCCUGGGGAGGGCGUGAUCAACGGGCCCGAUCACCAGCGGGAGGCAGCGUAGAAGGUACGGGAGCGUCAGGAGGAGGAGCAGGCGGUGAGAACGGCGCAGCCGCCUCCAAUCCGGCCAAGAGGCGAAAGCGCUCCUCCGGCGGCGCCGUCGCCGGCGAUGGUGGUGGUGGGGCUAGCAGUAGCGGCGGGGCUGCCGAUGGCGGUGGGGCUAACGUGGGCGAGGAGGUAGAGGAAGGGUUCGAAGACAUGCCACUCUCUUCCGCGGGGAAGGGGAAGAAGAAGGGGAAGGGGAAGCCGGGCGCCGGCGCGGGGGCGGAGAACGGGACGAAGAAGGAGGCCAAGGAGCGGGAGGGGGAGGCCCGAAAGGAGGAAGUGGUGGCGGGGCUCAUGGUGCGAGAGAGGUACCAUGCGGUGGUGAUUAAGCUGGUGGCCAGGUCGAAGUGGGCAUCGGAACCCGCGGGGCGUGCGCACAAGGACGUCAUUACGAGAGCAAGAGAGGUCAUCAUGACCAUCUUUAUAGACUCCUUCCACCGGAGGCUGCUGUCUCUGCACAGACUGGUGACGUCCCUGGACCAGUUGGACCGGAUGAUCGCUUGGGCGGACGACGUGGAGGAAGGUGUCAACGCAAAGGAAGCAGGAGUGCUCGGUCCGGGGAUGCCGAUGAGCGAGAUAGGCCUUACCAACAUCGCGCUCACCGUCCCGGAAUAACUGCGGGUGUGUCUUUGGCAUACCGUAGUUCGUAUUUUAAGGUGCGCCCUGUCCCUGUUUCUCCAGCGGUUCUUUCCAUGGUUUGUUGGAGUGCGAAUACCGUCCUCUGUUCCUUUUUUUUUCGGGUUUUCAUCGUGUGUCAUCGAAGCAUGAGCGAGCGAUGUGUGCGAUCGCGUAGAGCGCCCGGAGGAUGAUGAUGGCUGUUUGAAUGCCAACCCGGAGGAACCAGUGCCUAGCAAAAGAGCGCAAGCAACACCAACCGGUGGGGGGGGCGUGUAUCGCGGUGGACCUUUUUUCCGAUAAGAGUGAACUUGAACGUGUUUACAUGGCAGUAUGGCAACGUAGGUGAGAUGCACCUCCAUGGGUUGCGUUCUCGGGUAUGGCGUGCUCGUGUCCAAGGAGCGUGUGCAACGGUGGGGCUCCUCAUGUCACGCCCCCCCCCCUACUUCGGAGGAGAAAGUUUUCGACUCAUUGUUUCGCCCUUGCACACCGAGGGACGUAGUUUGUGCGACUCGCAAGGGACAGCGGUGUCCGAAACGCGUAGGUGAAGAACUUGUUUGGUCCCAAACCUGUGCUUUGGAAAAGCUCGUGAC